CAGUUGAGAAUAAAACUUGAAACCGUGAAGUCGUGAAAAGUUGCUCCGUCAAACGGUAAAACGUGCGUAACGAACGAAAAGUGAAAAAAAGAAGAAAUAAAUUCAUUGAGAUUUUUGUGACAAAGAAAUAUAUAUGAAAUGAAACAUCAUUAGUAAAACACACUUACGCACACGCGCAACUAAAAUUGCACAAAGAGAAGAAGAUUCUGCAAGAAAAUAAAUAUCUUUUGUUAUUUGUUGUUACAUGCAUCCAUAAGCAAAUACGAGAAGAAUCUCAAAACAAAAGAAAAUAAAAAAACAAACGAAAAAAAGCACAACAACAGCCAACAGCAACCAUAAAAACAAACAACUGUGAUAAUUAUUAAAACACCAGCAACAUCAUCCAGGAGAACAACAACAACAACAAUAGCAGCAGCAACAAAACAAAUAACAACACUAUAUUAUUAUGUCUCAAAUAAACCAUAAACAUUGGUAUUCUCCAUCACGAUCAGGCUCUGCAACACCACCAUACAACAGAGCAAUGAAACAACGCCACCACCAGCUACCGUUGCUAUUCGCCUUCGGCUGUUUGCUGUUCCUGGGUCCUCUGGUGGCCCAUGCAGCCGUCGGUGUAAAUGAACGAUUUGUAUACAAUAAAUCAAAAGAGGAUAUAAAUGCGUCUGGUGGUGGUGGAGCUGGUGCUGGUACCGGCAGCGUGGAAGAUUCCAACGAUACAGAUACAACAAAUGUAAAACUCUUGGGAGAAUACGAAACAGAUCCGAUUCCAAUGGAUUUUUAUCGUGAACUAAAUAACAUUACCGAUAUUUCGGAAUUCAUAGAAAAAUUUAUUGAUCCCGACAGUAUAGAUCCAAAACUGGGCAUACAUGAAAACCUUCGCCGUAAUGUUGAAAGAGCAUCUUUUGUCCGAGCCAAGUCAGCCAGUUGUAUACCCGAACCAACCGUCGUUGAUCUGGCACCCAUCAAUCCCAAAAAUAACUUUUUCCCCAGGUGUACUCGUGUGAAGCGUUGCGGUGGUUGUUGCAACACCCCCUGGAUGUCGUGUCAGCCGACUAAAACCGAAAUUGUCAAUUAUCAAGUCUAUCGUUAUUGCUAUGAACACGGGGCGAAAUUUUGCGGUUUGGAUAUAAUACCCGUCGAACAACAUUUGGAGUGUAAAUGUGAUUGUCGGGUUAAGCCGACGGAUUGCAAUGCCUAUCAAACCUAUGACGAGUGUCGCUGUCACUGUACAAACACAGAGGCUCGUGACAAGUGCCUGGAAUUGGAACACAAAGAUUGGGAUGAGAAUUCGUGCCGCUGUGUCUGUCGACAUCCUGAGAAUUGUACAACCGGUUCCUAUUAUGAUGAGAACCAAUGCAAAUGUCUUUUGCUAUCAACCAAUGCAGAGAACAGUGAUGACAUUGCGGUGGCUCCCUUAUCCCUGGCGGAUCGUCGACGUUUCAUUGUCAAACCAAUACCGGUCGAUGCCGACAAUAGCACAAUUUAUCAAGUAUAAUUAUCCAGCUUACUUUAAUAAUUAACGUGUAAUUUGUUCCAUUUAAGUAAUUGUUUUUUAAUUAUUUUCUUAAGCAUUUAUAUAAUAAUUACAAAAUAUUUAGUUUAAAGUCGAAAAAUUUAAUGCCACAUCAUGACAUUGUAGUGGCAUCAAUUAAAAAUUAUUAAAUGUAGAUUCAAAUUUCUUUGGCAAUUUUGUUGUUAAUAAUUCCAGAAAAAAAUAAUUUAGUGAAGAUUGUGAAAAAUAAUUUUCAAUGUAAACUAAAAUGUCCUUUUAAAUGUUGUCCAGUUAAAAUUUCAAAGUUUACCUUCCAAAUCAUGAACGUGUUUUUUCUUUGUCUCAACACAUAUCUUGUUAUCAUAUCAGUAUUUAAUACAAUUAUAAUUUAAAAAAUAAUAAUUAUAAGUUCGUAAAAAUAUAUAUAGUGUCAUAAAAAUAUAUACAUAUCUUAAAAAAAAACACACCUAAAUAACAAAACAUUACAAAUACCUCUGAAACGCGCAAAAAAAUUUCCAAAAUUGUAAAGCUGUUUUUACAUUGGUCCACCCCAAUACGUAACAUGUUACUUUAGAAAUUUAGAAAAAAAAAGAAAAUAUAUUUGUUUUAAUAUUAUACAUAGUCAUUGUUCUAACAUAGCAUAUGUAUCAUUUUUGUAUUUAUGUACUUUAGUGUAUUUUUAGUUGAAAUUUCCACAUGUUAACAACCAUAGGCUAUAAAUAAAGUAAAAUAAAAUAAAUGAAAACAAAUAUUUCUUUCAAUAAAAUUUUCAAAAUAUUUU